AUGAAUCAGCCAGCAUUCGUGGACAAGCAGGUUACGUAUUUCAAAGGUUCAGCUUAUUUGGCCCAGUCACCACAGCUUUAUAAACAGAUGGCAAUUGCGGCCGAUUUUGACAAAGUUUUUACGAUUGGUGCCGUGUUCCGUGCCGAAGAUAGCAACACUCAUCGACAUUUAACUGAGUUCGUUGGCCUGGACAUUGAAAUGGCUUUCAAGUUCCAUUAUCAUGAGGUUCUCGAAACGAUUGGCGCUGUUUUGAGUGAAAUAUUCAAAGGACUGCAGGCGAACUUUAAACAUGAAAUUGAGACAGUCGGCAAGCAGUACCCGGCUGAGCCAUUCGAGUUCGUCGAGCCAGCACUUGUGCUGAAAUAUCCGGAUGCAGUCAAGCUGCUGCGAGAGAACAAUGUUGAAAUCGGGGACGAGGAUGACCUUAGCACACCAGUCGAGAAAUUCCUGGGCAGGUUGGUAAAAGAGAAAUAUCACACAGACUUCUACAUAUUGGACAAAUAUCCAUUAGCGGUACGACCAUUUUAUACAAUGCCGGAUGCAAAUGAUCCGAAAUAUUCUAACAGCUAUGACAUGUUCAUGCGAGGUUUGGAGCGUGUGACAAUGCUUUUCCUUGGCCUUGGAAAUGUGCGCUUGGCAUCACUUUUCCCACGUGAUCCGAAAAGAAUAACGCCUUGA